AUGCAAAUGGUUGUCGACUUUGCUCGUCCAGGUAUUGCUUUUACAACCAUACAGCAUGCUUUUCGACAGGUUACACAUCCCAUGCAAUUAAAGCAAUUUCGAGAAUAUGUUGCAAAUAAUGGAAACCGUCGGCAAAAAUUGGAGUAUGUAGAGCAUUUUUUACUCGAUAGAUUUCGCUCUGCUCGUAAUAACAAUUUACCUCUGCAUGACCUUGACGUGAAGCGAUGGGCUCUAUCCGAAGCAAAAACAGAAAAUCUAGAUGGGUUCAAAGCAAAUAGCUAUUGGCUUCUCAAUCUAAAAAAACGCAACGGUAUAUCUUCCAGAAAAGUGACAAAAUUCGUUUCUCAUCGAGAAGUUGUUGAUAAAUCGAUAAUUAAACAGACUACUGAUGGUUUUGUCGCUGAGGCAAUCAAACAUAUACCAAAAUAUAAACUUGAUUUUGUGUUAAAUACCGAUCAAUCUGGUUUUAAUUACGAACUGCCUUCGAACCGUACAUUGUCUUAUGAAGGAGAAAAAGCAACUUAUCUAUCUGUAAAAUCUUUGAAUGCUAUAAGCCAUUCCUAUACAGUUAUGCCGAUCAUUAGUGCCGCUGGUCAGUUGCUCAGUCCUGUUUUUAUUUGUCUUCAGGAACCUACGGGUCAUUUUCCAAUUACAAGAGCGGUCUUUUCAGCAUCAAAUGUAGUAACUAGUUGUAGUGCAUCUGGAAAGUUAAAUAAAUCCUUAGUGGAAUACUGA